AUGGCUGACUCCGUGGAUCGCGUUUUCGUCCAUGCCUUAAAUACCGUCAAAAAGAUCCCCAAGACGGGGGCCUCGCGUCCCCCGCCGUCUGACAGGCUGCGACUCUAUGGUCUUUACAAGCAAGCGAUGGAGGGGGACGUCGAUGGCGUCAUGGAGAGGCCGACUUCGGCUUCCGGAAUGCCCCCCGAUGAGCUGCAGCGCGAGAAGGACAAGUGGGAUGCUUGGAACUCGCAGAAGGGCCUGACCCGGACGGAGGCCAAGAGGAGGUAUAUUGAGGCAUUGAUCGAGACGAUGCACAGAUACGCGACAACACCAGACGCUAAGGAACUUGUUGCGGAACUCGAAUUCGUAUGGAACCAGAUCAAGAACAACAGCCCGAGCUCGACAGACUCCUCGCCGAAAGAAACGGGGUAUACCGGCGAGCCGCGCCGCUUCCUGCAGCCUUUAAGCGGAUCGGAGGGGCCCAUGAAGGUACUGAGCCCGAUGAGCGAAGACGACGCCGCCGAACGGGACUCAGAUAGGAGGCUAGGAUAUAACGAGGGCGUUGAAGAGGAGGCACUUGUGCCGAGCAGCAACUGGUCACGAAGUGUGGAACGCGCACUUGAAAAGCUAACAGCCGAGGUCGCCGCAUUACGAGAACAAAUAACGACUGGAAGAGAGUGGAAGUCUAGAAAGCAGCGCAGCUUUAUGGCAUGGAUUCGAUGGCUUCUGUGGAUCGUCAUGAAGCAUCUGACCAUCGAUAUCGUUCUACUGGCGUUUAUACUACUCUGGUUGCGCAAGCGGAAGGAUAGGCGGUUAGAGGAUCUUGUCCGGGCAGGGCUGAGGCUGGUGAGAGAGUACGUGCGGAAUGUUCUACCGUCCAGAUGA